CCCCUCGGUUGGUGCGGUCCAUGGCGAGCUCAUCAUGGCGAUUGAAGGUGGAGAAAGAACCUGUGGAGUACAUGAACUUAUCUGUAUUAGAAAAGUAUCUCCAGAGGCAGUUGGAUUUUUGUCAGCUGUUGGGGUGUUUAUUAUCUUGAUGCUGCUCCUUUUUCUGUAUAUUAAUAAGAAGUUCUGUUUUGAAAAUGUUGGCGGGUUUCCAGAUCUUGGUUCAGAAUACAGUACAAAGAGGAACUCACAAGAUAAAAUUUAUCAUUCUUACCUGGACAAAGAUGAACAUGGUUCAUCCUCUGAAAGUGAAGAUGAAGCACUGGGUAAAUAUCAUGAGGCCUUAUCCAGAACACAUAAUUCUCGAUUGCCUCUGGCAGAUUCUAGACAAAAGAACUACGCUUGGGAGACAAGACAGAAGUACAGUCCCCUGUCUGCAGAAUAUGAUGGAUAUAGUAGUGAAGCAUCAGUAGAUGAAGGAAACUGCAUACAGAGAAUGAGAAGAACACCCCCCUUGGAUGAAUUGCAGCCACCACCAUAUCAUGAUGACAGUGGUUCUCCCCAUCUCUCAUGCACACCCUCAGAAAUCGGAGACAGUAAAUGUGAAUUUUCCCACUGCAGCAACAGUCCAAGACGUUCAUACCACAAGUGUCCAAGUGAAGGAAGCACAGGUCACGAAGUAGAAAGUUUUCCCAAUAAAGGAUAUGAAGAGGAUGUUCCAAGUGACAGCACUGCAGUCCUGAGCCCUGAAGAUCUGUCAGCUCAAGGAUCGUCUUCACAGCUUCCUAAGCCUUUCGAUCCUGAGCCAGAAGCUAAAUAUGGCACACUGGAUGUGACUUUUGACUAUGACUCACAAGAACAGAAGCUUCUGGUAACAGUGACAGCUGUCACAGACAUCCCAACAUAUAACAGGACAGGUGGCAACUCAUGGCAAGUACACCUUGUUCUUCUACCUAUAAAGAAACAGAGAGCGAAAACCAGCAUCCAGAGAGGACCAUGCCCUGUCUUCACAGAAACAUUCAAAUUUAAUCAUGUUGAAUCAGAGAUGAUUGGAAAUUAUGCAGUUCGGUUUAGACUGUAUGGUGUACAUCGCAUGAAAAAAGAAAAGAUUGUGGGGGAAAAGAUUUUUUAUUUAACAAAAUUGAAUCUUCAAGGGAAAAUGUCACUACCUGUGAUAUUGGAACCUUCUUACAAUCAUUCUGGCUGUGACUCCCAAAUGAGCAUGUCAGAGAUGUCCUGUAGUGGGAGUGCAUCCUCCUGUCAGUCUCUCGAACACGGCUCAGUUCCCGAAAUUCUCGUCGGCCUGCUUUAUAAUGCCACAACUGGAAGAUUAUCAGCAGAAGUGAUAAAAGGCAGCCACUUCAAAAACUUGGCAGCAAACAGACCACCCAAUACAUAUGUUAAGUUAACUCUGCUGAAUUCCAUGGGUCAAGAGAUGUCCAAAUGCAAGACAUCCAUCCGCAGAGGACAGCCCAACCCAGUAUAUAAGGAGACUUUUGUUUUUCAAGUGGCCCUGUUUCAACUUUCUGAUGUGACACUCAUACUUUCUGUGUAUAACAAACGCAGCAUGAAAAGAAAAGAGAUGAUAGGCUGGAUUUCUUUAGGUCUCAACAGCUCCGGAGAAGAGGAGCUCAAUCACUGGACUAAAAUGAAAGAGUCGAAAGGACAGCAAGUGUGUAGAUGGCAUGCGUUGCUAGAGUCGUGAUGGCUAGGACACCGCGCCGAUGACAGCCCAAGGCUGUGCGUGUUAUUUCUGAUUACCGUAUCUUGCUUUUUACCUAAUCAUCACUAGAAGAGCUGUACUCUGAAGAAGCAUAUUCAACGAUCUACCAAAAUGCUUUCAAUCCAAUGGAAAGAACAUCUAACACUGACAUUAAUGAAGAAAAAAAAUCUAUAUGGUAGAGCUUGUUUGGGAAACUGAGAACUGACACUGUUGUUGUUAAACUAACAGUCCUCCGGAUACAUGCCUUUGAUUUGAAGUUAGUUUUACUUUAGCAAAAUGAAAUUUUCAGUAUUUCUCAAAGUCAGAAUUUUGGUUGUAACAGUAUUUGAGUAUCACCCAUAACAUCCAUUAUAAUUGGUGUUUGUAAUGUGCUCUUGACAUGAAACAAUCAGUUCUCCAGCUACAUCGCAAGCUACAUCUAAUGAUGAAGGGUCGCAAUCACAUUGAAAACUUCUAUUUCAGCUACUUUCCUUUUGUGCACUUGGUUCUUUUAGUAACACUAAAUCCAAGUGCAUAUAAGUACUCAUUUUUGUGGAGUUUUCUGAAUGUGUCACUUUUUUUUUUCAGCUUCAUGUCUUCCUUUACUGCUUUUGCCUGAUCCAAAGAGACCCAGUCACUGUACUGGUCCCUUGCAAGUCUUUUAGACAGGUUGUACUGUAGAACUAUGUAACUUUCUGUUGAAAGCACUUCCUGUAUUCUUGUAUUCCAAUGUAGGAAGCUAAUAGAGCAGGCCUUUACUUUAAAAUUCCCUUCAGUAAUUAACUAUUUAAAACUAUAGUAAUUUGAAAAUACUUUUUCUUACAAAAUUAAAAAUACAGUAGAUAAGCUGUUAAAAGUUGAAAACAAUUCAAAUUAGAGAAGUGUCUGCUCUGAGUACUUAGUAACCAACACUGCAUAAAGCAGGUAGCACUCAGAAUGAGAAACUGUUCUCUCUAAAUCUUGACUUUUACUUCAAUUUGUAUUUGUGAUAUAAAGACUAUCAGUUCUCAGUUUGAUUCAGAACAUCCUGUUAACACUUCUGAGAUUCACAAAGUUUCUAGUACUUGUGAUGAGAUUUUAUGAAAUUUACAAACAACGUGCUUCUACGUGACGUCAUCCUGUGCCUUUCUUGUAAGCUAAAUUUGCUCAUACAGCUUGAAAGUUGUAUUUGCGAAAUUAGGCCUUCAAUUUUUAUAAAUAUAAAGAUUCCUCAG